UACACGGAGGUGGCCAACAACGUUCAGAAGGAGGAGACGGUGUUGAGUGUUCAGUUUGUGCUGCUGGACUGUGCUCCCCUGAAGUUCAGCCUGGUGCAGCACUGUAACGAGUGGCAAGGCAAGUUCACCCAGCUGCUCAGCCUCAUGGCCAGCACCAGGCUCAAAGAGCUGCACAUCUUUCUGCAGGAGAACGCUCUCAGGUGGGUGGGGAAGGUGGGUUGUGGAGGGUGGGGCUGGGAGUGUGUGGAUUCCACUUUAUAAAAGGUUUAUGAAGAGUUUAUGGGCCUUAAAGUUGUAGUUUGUUUAAAGUGGGACAAGUGUGUGUGGUGUAAAGGCAUAUAUGUGGUAUAUAGCUAGAUUAUAGGCCUUUUGAUUUGUGAUGUGUCAUAAACGUUUUAUUUGCAGACAUCUUCAGAGUCCAUGAAUGUGUACUGUAUGUGCUGUUAAUGAUUGAAAAGGGUCAAUAAACUAUUAUGUGUGUGUGCAGGCUGAGCAAGCCCCCACAGUCCCUGGUGGAGCUGGGUGAGAGUCUCAAGCUACUGGAGACUCUACAGGGAGACUUUCAGAAGAUAGAGAGCCAGAUACCUCCCAUCCAUGAACAGUUUGCUAUCCUAGAGAAGUACGAGGUCACCGUGGACCAGGCUGUGAGUAGCAGAUGGACGGACACCCAACCCCCCCACCCCACCCCACCCCACCCGUUUUAACCCCCCCUCUCUCUCUCCCCAGGUCCAUGAGAUGUUGGAGGCUCUGAACGGGGAGUGGGUGUGGUUCCAACAGGUGGUGAUAGACAGUGACAUCAUGCUGAAGAAACAGAAGGACAAGUUCAAGAGCAGCCUUAUCUUCUCAGCAGAGGAGUUUAAGAAGAAAAUGCAGACUACCGUCCAGGACUUCAGCAGC